AUGUUGAGGAAAAUAGUGUAGUCAGCUAAGAGGAAAUCUUAUCAAGACCAGGAGGAUGAACGAAAUCAAUACGUCAACCAUUCAAGUUCCCCUGGGGACGAAUUUACCUUCGCUGCUGAAGACCCUAAAUUCUACUAGAGGCCAGAGUUCAAUCUAGUUAUGCUUAUAGUCUCACUUAUCACUGCCAACGCUCUUUAUUAAUACGUUGCAUUGCAAACAUGUGAGUACGACGGACUAUAUGAAUGCAUAGAUAAAUUCCUAUUGCCCAAUCUAGCAGAAUGUCUUAUCCUUACUGGUAUUUCAGCCUUAAUUUUCACUGCAGUUUUAUAUGUAAACUUAUCUUGCAAGAACAAGACUAAGCUGACUAUUUUGGUAUUAGUCCUUGUCAAUAUCUUUCUGAUGUCUAUUACAAACACUACUAUCGCUAAGAACAAGUUUGGUGGCAUGUAUGGAGUUGCCUUCAUUCUCUAUGUGAUCAUCUUCACCAUAAUUUUGUCAAUUAGGAGGUGUAUACUUUCAAUUAAGCCCUAUAUGAAUCUGAGAAGAUUGCUUGUGCUUAGCUUUAUAGUGCUGCUCUAUUUUAGGUUUUCAUUUUCCACCAAAGUCAUGAGAAGUUGCGAUAACUGGGAAAAAGGUUUGUUUGGAGAGAUGAUCCAUUCUGAGAAGUAUUGCCACAUCCCUCCACCCAAGAUAUGCAUGUACGAGUUGACUGAUCGUAUUCAAGAUUUUUCAUUCAUUGACUGCUCCAAUAGACUUGCUGAUGAGGCAGUUAUUGAGAAAGCUUUUGGAAUCAAGGAACCGUUUGUAGGUCUUGCUGAUACCACACAGUUUACCUAAUAAGAAAGAACAUUCGAUCGAUUCCCUUAUUCUGUUUAUAAGCAUUCUAAGGGUUAUUCAAGCUAUGAUGAAGCUAAAAAAGCAGGGCAUGAAAUGAUUGUUGAUGUCAAGGACUCAAGACUCGACAUUAUAGUCAACAGAAAUGAAAAGUUAGUUGAAGAGAGAAAAAAACUCUAAAAAGGACCAAGAGCACUAAAUGAUAACUUGAUCGUUAUAUUCGUUGAUGCCUUAUCCCGCUAGAGAGCUCACUUCAAGAUGCCCGAGACCAUGAAGUUCUUUAAGAGCUAAGACACCUUGGAGUUUUAUAGAUUUCACGGUUACCACAAGAGAACCUACGAGAACGCGUUAAUGUACUUAUAUGGAAUGUCCGUAGAUGAUUUAGGAGGAGACGUCAGAGAAAAUAAAAAUCAAUCAGUUGUAGAGUUCUUCAAAGAGUAAGGAUAUAUUGUUGGGCAUGCAGGAAAUUUGUGCGAGUCAAAUGUAUUCGAACAGGGUGAUUGGAUUAUGAGAUAUAUAAAAAAUAGCAUCGCAGAUCAUGAGAGUCUUUCCCACGCUUGCGACCCCCACUAUCACAACCCAGAAAACAGUUUCGGUCCAUUCUAAGGUCCAUUCUCAAUCGUGAGAAGAUGCAUCUACAAGCGUGACACAUUUGAAUAUGUCACUGAUUUCGGCAAGAAGUUUAUGUCUACCUAUAAAAAUGAAAAGAAAGUCAUGAUGCUUGACUUUAUUGACUUCCAUGAGGGUACUGGCGAAGUGGUGAACUACCUAGACGCCCCUCUUGCCAAGUUUUUGAAUGAGAUUUAAAACGAGGACACCACAAUCAUGCUAAUGAGUGACCAUGGAUUCCACAUGGGAGGCUUGAAGAUUGCAGUAGCAGGCUAUGAGUACACCACUGAACUCCUGCUACCUGCCAUGAUGGUCUCUAAUCUGAAGGGACUCACUUAAACAUAGUAAACCAACAUCGAAUACAACUAACAGAAACUAAUCACUCAUAAAGAGCUAUUUAAUUUCUGGAAGUUCUGGGCUUCUGGGAAAGAUGACCACGAUCUCAGUUUUGUCUCAAAGAUGCCGGACGACAGUGAAACUUGCCAUAAAAUUGGAGAAUUCUGCAAGUGCCAAAACUUUCAAAGCACCCCACCAGGCCACUCUUCACUUUGA